AUGAACUUCCUCUUGCUGAUUAUCGCACUAUAUUUGCUGGUUACACUUACUGUAGCAUUCCCACUGCUUAUGAUAUCCGUAUUUAUUGGAAUAUUUGUUUAUAAGAACUCAGUGACGCCCGAAGUCCAUCAAGAUGUUCUGAACUUUGUCGGCAAUUCAAUUAAUGCAAUCCAGAAAACAUUGACACCAUCUUCCCCGGAAGAUGAUUCAAUGACAAGAAGUGGGAUCGAUCGAGCAAGAAGGCAAUAUAUGGACCAUUGUAAUGGAAUUAAUCGAACUUCUUCAGAGGAAGAAAAGGAUGCAAAGUUACUCCUAACCUAUCAAGUGCCAAUUCUUACAAGAUAUUACGAAUCUAUCAUCCAGUUUUUCAAAAGGUAA